GUUUACAGUUAGCCAGUUGGAAGUCUUUGUUUUUGUCAUCACCACAAGUCAAAAUGUCCCGGCUGAAUUUCAGCUCACUUUAUGUUUCGUAACCUUUCGAGAGUAGGCAUUGUUAAAAGAUACUGCUAAACUUGUUCAGGACAGAUAUUUUUUUCCUCCAUACCUUUUUUUUGUUUGUUUUUCCCCCACUUCAAACAGAAGAGGAAGCUUCAUCUGGAAACUUCUGCUUAAGGUCAUCCUAAAGCUUAGAGAAGGUCUACACUGAAGGUGGUCGCCAUGGUGUUGAUUCUGGGCAGGAGGCUGAACAGGGAGGACUCUGGCAUCAGAGACUCCCCCGCCGUCAAACGCAAGGUGUUUGAGGUUGAAUCCAAAACUUUGGGCAGCCAGGAUAUCUUGGACUUCUGCUCCGGCUCCUCACACUCAGAGGGCAUCCUGCAGGUAUUCAAUGAGUUUCGCGACUGCCGUCUUUUCACCGAUGUGGUCAUCAGCGUGCAGGGCCGUGAGUUCCCCUGCCACCGUGCUGUGCUCUCUGCCUGCUCCUCCUACUUCAGAGCCAUGUUCUGCAACGAUCACCGUGAGAGUCGUGAGAUGCUGGUUGAGAUCAACGGCAUCCUGGCUGAGGCGAUGGACUCCUUCCUCACCUAUGUUUACACCGGCCGCGCCAAGAUCACCACUGAGAAUGUCCAGUUCCUCUUCGAAACCUCCAGUCUCUUCCAGAUCACCACACUGCGUGAUGCCUGUGCAAAGUUCUUGGAGGACCAGCUGGAUCCAUGCAACUGCCUGGGCAUUCAGCGCUUUGCAGAAGCACAUUCUCUGAAGCAGCUAGCCAGCCGCUGCCGUAGUUACGCCCUGGCCAACUUCUCAGAGGUCGCUCAGCAUGAAGAGUUCCUUGACCUGCACCAAGAAGAGCUGGAAGAGUACAUAAAUAGUGAUGAGCUGUCCAUCGGUAAGGAGGAGGUGGUGUUUGAGGCAGUGAUGCGAUGGGUGUACCACAGUGUGGAGCACAGGAGGCCCAUGCUGAAGGCUCUCCUGCACCAUGUUCGCUUGCCGCUUUUGCACCCCAACUACUUUGUCCAGACUGUGGAGGGAGAUCAGCUCAUCCAGAACGCUCCAGAGUGCUACCACCUUCUUCAUGAGGCCAGGCGCUACCACGUGUUAGGAAAUGAAAUGAUGUCACCCAGAACUCGUCCACGCAGGUCGACUGGUUACUCAGAGGUAAUUGUCGUGGUGGGUGGCUGUGAGCGGGUGGGAGGCUUCAACCUGCCCUACACUGAAUGCUAUGAUCCAGUCACAGGAGAAUGGAAAUCACUGGCCAAACUACCUGAGUUCACCAAGUCAGAGUAUGCUGUCUGUGCCCUCCGCAAUGACAUUCUGGUGUCAGGUGGUCGUAUCAACAGCAGGGAUGUGUGGAUGUAUAACUCUCAGCUCAAUCUGUGGAUCAGAGUGGCUUCUCUUAACAAAGGCCGCUGGAGGCACAAGAUGGGUGUCCUACUGGGGAAGGUCUAUGCUGUGGGUGGCUAUGAUGGUCAGACCCGCCUGAGCAGUGUGGAGUGCUACGAUUCCUUCUCUAACCGCUGGACAGAGGUGGCUCCCAUGAAAGAGGCGGUCAGCUCUCCAGCUGUGGCCAGCUGUGCUGGCAAGCUCUUUGUCAUUGGAGGAGGCCCUGACGACGAAACUUGUUCAGACAAGGUCCAGUGCUAUGAUCCGGAGACAGACUCCUGGUUACUCCGUGCCAGCAUCCCAAUUGCCAAGCGCUGUAUUACAGCAGUGUCCCUUAACAACCUGAUCUAUGUAUGCGGGGGUCUCACCAAAUCCAUCUUCUGCUAUGAUCCUGCUGAGGACUACUGGAUGCAUGUGGUUCACACCUUUAACAAACAGGAGAGCUGUGGCAUGUCAGUAUGUAACGGUAAGAUCUUCAUCCUUGGUGGCAGAGGGGAAAGUGGUGAAGCUACAGACACCAUCCUGUGCUACGAUCCAUCAACAGGAAUUAUCACAGGAGUGGCAGCCAUGCCACGACCUAUCUCCUACCAUGGCUGUGUAACCAUCCACCGUUACAAUGACAAGUACCACAGACAAUGACAUAAACACACACAGAGACACACACAGACACACUCACUUGAGAGCACACACUAAAGAACUCUUUAAGUGCAACCCAUACACAGCACAAAAUAACCAUACACUUUUUUUAAAAAUAAGAGGCACAUUUAAUAGUUAAGUCCACGUUAGACGUGAGCUUUCCUCACAGUAGCAUGUAGCAAUCUCACUGUGUUGCUGUGAAUCUUUUGUUAUUAUGUACCACAGUUGUAGCACUUCUGUGGAAAUACUUAGUAAUUACAAUGAUAAUGACUUGUCUGUAACCUGGGCUAAAGCGGAGUCAGAUAAGCACAGUAGAUGUACCUUGUAUUAGUAGUAACUGCACAAAAUGUUGGGAAGCAAUGCGUCAGAAGUCUGCAGAUAUUUGGAGAAAAAUGUGUUUGCUAGUGGAAUUACUAAAAAUGUUUUUUUCUUAGAAUAUCAAUUGCAAUUUGAGCUUUGAGAAAUAACUUUUAAUAUUGAAGACAUAUGUGUGGUAGCAUAUAUGUGGUGCAAAGUGACACCUUUUCACAGAGAUUUGAUUCAACCAAAUCAAUUCAAAUUAGAUCUUGGCUAGCUUAGAGCAAACAGAAUUUGCAAAUGAUAGUAGAUUUUGCAUAGCCAACUGCAUAUUUCAUGGAUUUUAUACUAACUGAAAUGGCUAAAAUCCCUAAAACAGUUGUAACUUUUCAUCAGUAUUUCUAAAAUUUGAACAGGUUAUGAGUUUGAAAGGUAACAUCCCAAUACUGUGCUUUUAUUGCUGUGCAAAGUAAUCUGACUGUGAAAUCUAGGUUGCUUAUGUUGAAAUGAUCACAGAUAGUGCUGAUGAACAAAAAUAAUGCUUAUAGGAAAACACUGAUCAUUUUCACACAAAGUCGUGAGGGAUCUGUCAGCCGAAAGAGUUUAUGAAUUUGGUUUUGAAUGACAGAUUAGUGCCCAAGUCAGCUUUCACCUAUGGCACUCCAAUGCAGACAUGUUCAUACAGCAGAGUACAGCCCAGCGCUGGUAACAUGAAAGUACUCUCCUCCAUUUUUUAACUCUCCCCCUUGAUACUAAAAAUGACCUGAUAGAAAUGUGGUAAACAGUCAGCCAGCUGCUCUCCCACACUAUCAGCUGUCGUACAUAUGAGUAGCUCUCAGCCUCAACACAGAGUGGAGGGAAGAGAAGAGAUAAAGAACAGAGGCUGCACAAAAAUAUUGGAAUAUAGCCACUGUCGACGCUGUCCUUUUGUUUCCUUUUUUCUCACCAUGCAGUUCCCCUUCCACCUGUGUCCUCACCUCACAUUUGCUCAUCUCCAUUCUACGUCUACAUUUCCUCUAAAGCUUUAUUUUGCUCCAUUAUAAUUAUUAUCACUACACUCAUUACUGACAUUUUAUUUUUUUAAGUUAUACUUUUUUAUAAUUGGAUUUUUAUUGUAUUGUACUUAGCUUUAGCGUGUCUAAUUUUAUAUCAAUGUUAGUUCUGUGGUGUACUGGGCUUUUGGGUGGUUUUGUAGAUGUGAGAAGCCUUUGUAGAUCAAACUCAAAGACUGCUCUGAAUAAGUGGUGUGCAUGUUUGGUAUGUAUGUAUGUGACUUUUACGACUUGGUCUGGAUGUGUUGGAGCCAAGCAGGUUUAUCAAAGAGCUGUAAUGUAAGCAUUGCACAACUGCCAACUUCUGUAAUGGAACUCUUCAUGCUGAUGCUGGCACCUUUCACCUGUACACUUACAUGUAAAGAUGUAACUCGGGGUAACCAAAGAUACCUCCAGGUGUGUAUGUGUGUAUAUGUGUUUACUGGUCAGCUAAGGUGGUGUGUGUAGCAGUGCUAUACCUCACACAGAGGUGUUAAGAGUUCUGAAUGACAAGGAUUUUGGAUUGUGUGGCUCAUUGUCAGUAAAAGUCACCUUUUGGUAUUGAUAGACUAGAGAAAUUGCUGUGAAUAUAACUUUAAUAUGUUUUAAUAUGUUUUCUUUGUUUAACCUGUAUUUAAAUGUAUUUCUUUCUUGGUUUCAUAUUGUGUUUUUGUAACUGAGAGCCCCAAUUGUGCACUUUGACAGAAUCCUGUUAAAUGUAGAAUUAUAUGACAAUGAUUUCCUUUUUUUUUUUACUGUAUCAGUAAAUGUUCUUUGCUUUCAUGUGACGUAGAGAAGAGACAGUAAAAGGGCCCGUCAGCUCCUCCUGUUGGCCACUGCCUGCUAUGCUCUGACAUUCUAACAAAAACCAAGAUUUGCUGCAAGGCAACAAUGUCAAGAGAGAGAGUUUUGACUUUACAUUUUAGGAUGACGAAAGGGAUCAGUGACUUUGUCACUCCCCAGCAAUGCACAGCAGACUGAAAAAACAGCACAGCUGAUUCCAUCUGCCAGCCACAAUGGUAAAAACAGGUUCGGAUAUUUGAACUUGAACUAUCCUCCAGGCAUGUGCUUAGUUGAAUGAGUUCAGUAUCAGAUGCUAAACAGUAGUACACACUGAAAAGAAAACAUCCCGAGGCCUACCCAUGCUCCUCAGCAGCGUAACAUACUUAGGGUAACUCAGGAGGCCAACAAGAGGAGUAGAGGGAUAAGAAAGUGAUGAGGCAACAAAGUAGGAGUUAAAUAGUGAGAAAGAGAGUUUGAGUGUGUGUGCGUCUGUGAUUUCACUGAGUAUUUACUCAAAAUAGGACACAAAUACUGUCCUGUUGUGCUGAUUUAUUGAUUUUCAUUAUUACCUUUCAAUUAUUGUUUGCUUUUGAUAAGAUUAUCUGCUGUUUUUGUGCCUGGUCUGAUUUUUUUUUUUAACUUUUUAUUAUUUUGCUUGAUGUGGUGAGUUGUGGGAUUGUGUGUCACUGAGAUAUUUGAUGCCAACAUUCAAAUGGCAUGUCGCAAAUCAAGCCCUGAAGAACUGAUGGUUAAAAGUUAAUAAACAGAGAUGAAUAUGAAUGCUGAUAAAAGCCAAAGUGGAAUUGAUUCAGUUCCAAAGGUCAUUUUUGUUGAAAAACGACAACUGUGCCUGCAUGGAAGAUGGGAGCUUUAACCUGUUAACUGCUUCCCCAAAUUGCCUUAAUAAAAGAAUCAUGAGUGGCCAAUUAAAUCAGAUCAUUUUGACAUUAAUCUUUAUUAUUGUAUGUGUGAUGAGAUAUUUUCAUGCCACUUUCUACUCAGAUGCUCUUUGUCAUACUGUGGGAAAGCUUUGGAUUUUUGUAAACUGCAGUAUGUUGAAAUGUAAUGUUUGACUUGUGUAAAAGACACAUCAAUAAAGUUUUUCUUUAUGUA